UACGGAAAGCGGUCAACACGGUCACUCCCGCCUUAGAGCGAGGGAGUCAGGUCUUGGGCUGCACAUUAGUCUCUAACUGUCUAUGUUUUUUGUAAAAAAAAAAUGUUCUGAUCCGGUACAGCGGAGUACUUUUCUUCAUCGAAGAACAUAAAACCGUCGAGAGUUUAAGGGAAAAUGUUGAGGGCUUCAUGGAAAGUAGCUCCGCCGCUGAAGAAGUGCCUUUGUGGUAAAUCACAGCUUCAUCCUUUGCGACAAUGCCGUGGGUACACAACUGGGAGUAGUACGGGAACCUCAGCAGGCAAAAUAGUGGGAGGAACCGUCCUGUUUAUUGGAGGUGGCCUAGGUGGCACUAUAUUGUAUGCAAAGUGGGAUCCCAAAUUUCGAGAGAAUAUAGAGAAAACCGUCCCGUACUCUGAUAAAGUGUUUGAAUUAGCUCUUGGUCCUGCACCAUAUAACCUGCCUGUCUUAAAGAAACAGAAGGACACAGAACCAUUGUCAGUAUCAACGUCCUCUGAAGUAUUGAAAGGAUCCAAACUGCCGAAACCCAUGCCAGAUAAAGAAGCUUCUGGUGUUGAAGAGAUCAUUGGAGAAGCCUCUUCUAAAGAUGCAGCUGCAAUUAUUUCUGCUGUUGGUGAUGCUCCAACAGUCCCAGCUCCUGGGGUCCAAGUUGAAAUGGAACAAAAACAUGACGCAAGUCGUGAAAGCUGUAGUUGUGAAAACGAAGCCUUGCAGGGCCAACACGUCGCAGUAGAAGAACACCCACCUCAGGAAGUUGCAAAACACCUAGCUCAGCAAGAUAGAGAGGAAAACAUCAAAGUUGUUGAAAUAACAUCAACUUUGGAAGAUUCUAUUGGUAGAAGUGCCCAAGUCACACUCAAGGCAAUCGAAGCUCAGGAUUCAGCUAUAGAAGCCAUUACCUUGCAUGCCCAGAGGUUAAAGGAAGCCAUGGAUGAUUCUGAGAAUACUGUAGAUCGGAAGUCAGAACAAUGGCGAGCCUUGGAAAAUGCUUUGAGUGUCCGCAGCAAGGUUGUAAACCAAGCCAAUGAAGCAUUGAUGAAAGCCAAAGAAGAAUUGGAUAACCUUCGAAGCACAAUUGAAGAAGCUAAACAGAGUGAGAUCUCUUCUGUUCAACCACAGCUACUGGCCGCAGAAGAGAAUCUCAAACAUAUGUUGGUAGAUCUGGAUCAUGUAGAAAGAAAGGUACAGGCAGCUCAAUCGGAAGCCAAAAUAGUUGUUCAAUACAGUGAACUGGUAGCUAUGGCCAGGGAUAAAUUCAGGAAGGAACUAGAGAGUAUCACUCCAGAUGUAAAGUCUGGGUGGAAAAACCUCACAGUGUCUGAUCUAGCUGGCCAGCUGAGCACUGAUGACCUCAACUCAUUGAUUGCCCAUGCCCAUCGUCGUAUUGACCAGUUGAACAGACAGUUGGCGGAACAGCAUGUGCGGGAACAGCAGCAUAUUGAAAAGGCUCUUGAGCAGCAGAAACUAGAAAACAAGAAAUCUUUGGACACAGCAGUCACAAAAGCCUUGGAGCAUUAUCAAGCGGAAAUACUUCUUGAAAGGGACAAUAAGGCAGAGGAAGUACGUGAAGUGAUGGAGGCGGAGAUGCGAACUCAACUACGCAGGCAAGCUGCUGCUCACACAGAUCAUCUGAGGGAGGUACUGAAGAUUCAGGAACAGGAAGUCAGAGGAAAAUAUCAGGAGGAAUUGCAACAAAAGUUAUCUGAAUAUGAGAUCGAAUUCAGACGCUUGUCUCAGGAACAACUGGAUAAUUUUACAACAGACAUGAAUGCAGCUUAUUCUAGGUUGAAGGGUAUUGAACAAGCAAUGGAGAGUCAUGCAAUUGCUGAAGAAGAGGCUAGAAAGGCACAUCAACUCUGGCUCUCCAUAGAAGCUCUGCAGUACACAUUAAAAACAGCCUCUGGUGAUAGCCUGACAGAACCGCUUCAGAAAGCUCUAGAAGCUGUUACAAAUAGUUGUGAAGAUGAUAAGUUUACACAAGCCUUAGUCAGAGCCCUUCCUCAAGAGUGUCUGUCACGUGGCGUGUACAGCGAAGAGACAUUACGUCAUCGGUUCUACAAAGUGCGGAAAAUGGCACGGCGUGUGGCCAUGAUAGAUGAGACAAGAAAUAGCCUCUAUCAAUAUUUCCUCUCCUACCUGCAGUCCUUUCUAUUAAUGGAGCCCCAAGUAAUAAAGCCCCCUGAGGAACUUAACCCUGAUGACCUGGAUACAUUUAGACUGUUAUCGUACGCUUCAUUCUGCAUUGAACAUGGUGACCUAGAGCUCGCAGCUAAAUUUGUCAAUCAACUUCGUGGAGAACCAAGAAGGGUGGCACGGGACUGGCUGACAGAAGCUCGUGUGACCCUCGAAACAAAGCAAGUGGUUGAAAUCCUUUCAGCUUAUGCCAAUGCGGUUGGUUUGGGUACCACUCAAGUAGAAUGAUUCAACAGAAAGCAGUUGUUAUCACAGCAGAAAAAUGGAGUCCAACCCUGUAAGCACUAUGUUACUGACUUCACUGACUGACUGUUCCAGUAUAAUUUGAGUAGAUGGUACAAUGAAGUAAAUUGUUGGGAAUGUGUUUGUAAUUUGGUAUAAUAGUUUUAUGGAUUGGACUUUGUAAUUGAACCAAAUCAUUUCAACUGACUGUAUGUUGAUUUUCCCUUCAGACACAUAUCAAUAAAACCAAAUUAAACAAGGAA